AUGUUUUCUCAUUCUGUCGCUGGUGCCACUCUCUCAUCAUCUCCACCACCGUAUGAGGCAACCUCACGAGUUCUGCCCAACGAAAAAGCUCCAGUGAUUGACAAUGCGGACUGGAUCCAUGCACAACCUCUCAUCGGAUCAUAUGGUCAUCGUGCCAAACACACCACUGUCUCAUUCACAAAUUCCAGAAAUGAGCCCUGCAUUCUCAUAUUUGGAGGACAAUCGGAUUCGAGUCAUUCUACCAGCACGAGUUUGUCAUCCAAUCAUUCAAACAUGUCUUUUGGUCAUAACAGCGCGAGUGGUGGCGAUGUGUUCAUGUAUGUGAUUAAACGAUUGCAAGACAAUGGCGAAUGGCAUUGCUUCUCACCACCUGUCAAAAAUCCUGCUAAUGCACCACCUCGUGUCAGAGGCCAUUCGGCUGUUUACUUUGAAGGAAGAAUGAUUGUGUUUGGAGGAAAGAAUAAUUUCAGAUACUUUGAUCAACUUUUUUCUUUGAAUUGUAAUACUUGGGAAUGGAGUCAUAUCAUCUCUCUUCAGCGAUUCAGUGUUUCCUCACGACUCUCCAAUCACCAAAACAAGAAAAAUCGUUCUUUCUCUCUUCACAACACUAGUAACAACAACUCUCAAACAGUGGGUCGAACGAUUCGUGAACAAAUCAGUUUCGAGUCCAUGGUCAAACUCCCAUGUAAGAGAAGUAAUCACACUGCAGUUGUUCUUCCAAAAUAUCGUAAAAUGAUUGUGUAUGGAGGUCGAUCGUAUGGAGAGACUCUUGGAGAUUUGUGGGCAUUCGAUUUAGAGGAAUAUCAGUGGGACAAUAUUCAAAUAGAUCAUCACAAGUCGCUCAUUCCCUCUGAACGUCAUUCACACAGUGCGACAACUUUGAAUGAAAACCCCAAUGUCAUGAUCAUUUAUGGUGGCAAUAAUGGAAGCUCACAAUUGAAUGAUUUGUGGAUGUUUGACUAUUCGACUACUGUUUUCACACCCAUUGUAUUGUGGAAUAGUGUAUUAAGCAAUCCUUCCUUGUCUUUUAAAAUGACUGAUCCAGGUGCAACGACUGCCAUUCAAGUUGCUAAUUCAAUCCUUCUCGGAAAGAAGGUGUCAAAUUCUGAUGCAAAAAAUUUAAUGAUAUCAACUCCAAGAGAAAGUCAUCAAUUGAUUUCUUUAGGACAGGGUUACUUGAUGGUUCAUGGAGGUUAUUCCAAGAAGAGAUUCAUUAAGGAUUUUAAUAUUAUUGACCUUCAACGAAUGGAAUAUGUUGACUGCACUUCUAUUCCAAGAAAGAAGAUUCCAUGCUCAAGAAAAUGUCACACUCUCAACAAUAUUUCAAAUGAAUAUAUUUGCAUGGUAGGAGGAGUUUCCAGAAAAAGAGGAAAAUUAGAUGACUUUAAUUUAAUUGACAAGGAAAUGUUGAAGAGUUUCAUUCUCACGGAUGGAGAUGUUUCUUUGGUUGACGAAUUGAAAACGGUUCUCGAAAAGAAGUACAGUAUUCACCUCUUAGAAUCUUCACUCGCAGAAAGUAAUUCAAACAGAAAUUCUAUUUCAACUUCCCAUUCAGAAAUGAAUGGUUCUCGACGUCGACAAGAAUCCACCAUCAGCAUUUCUGAAACUCUAAACAAAGAGUCUCUUUUGGAAAUUGGUUCCAUCUUGUUGACCUUGAGAGAGUAUCACCAAGCCAUACCCUAUUUCACACAAGUUCUCAAAAUUGAUCCCACCAACAAGACUGCUUUCGAAAAGAGAGGAAUUUGUUACUACAUGGCCGAAGACGUUCUGGCAAGCAUUCAAGAUUUUUCAGAAUGCACCUCUCUUGAAUCUCAAAUUUUAAAGGUCUGUGCUUAUUUGAGAAUUGGAAAAUAUCGAGAGGCUUCCAAUGUCAUGCACAUGCUCAAAAAUAAUUCAGGUUCACAGUCAGUGCUUGUGGAAGUGAUCAAACAACUGUUAGACUCGUAUGAAAAUUCAAUAGAGAGCAAAAACAAGAGCUCGACACAAAGGGAAUUGCGUGCCUCUCGAGCAUAUUUCGCGACCAACAUUGACGAUUAUAUUUUUGAACCUCAAUCGGGUCGAUAUGUCGAUCUCGAAAGUGAAAACAAACCCAACGAAGAAGGCCAUGUGAAUUUCUCGAUUGCAGAGCCUUAUUCCUUACUAUUUAUUGGACAACAUGAAUGUGGAAUGACUUCAUAUUUGCAACAAAUUAGAUCCAUGUUUCGACAAAGUAUUAGCAUCAAGGAAGCGAAAUUAUUCAAACCAAAAAUUCAAAAUUAUACCAUUGGUUUGUAUUAUCAAUGGAUGAGUUUCAAAAAAGUGUUGGAAGCUUUUGAUAAGGAUGCAUGCCCCAUUCAAGCAUCACAAGAUUUGGAAAAACUUUCGAAUCAAGUGUUUGAUACUCUGGAAAAUAUCAAAUCGCACAAAGAUGGAUUAUUCAUUUUCCCAAUUUCAAAAGUUCAAAAAUUAGUCAUGCAAUUAAGUUCGAAUCGAGAAUUCCAAAAGAUUUGUUCCAACUUUGCUUCUCUCUACGAAGUUUUGAAAACCAAAUAUUAUUUUAGUUCUCUCCAAGAAGAAAUUCACACACUCUUCCACAAUGCCAAUGUACCAUACUUCUUCAAGGAGACAAACAGAAUUCUCUCUACAGACUAUCUACCUACAGACAUGGACAUUAUUUCUUUUCCAAUCAAGUAUCACUUUUGUCCUCUCAAUCUCAUUGAAUGUGAAAAAAAGAAUUGGGAAGAAUUAGAAGCAUCAACAAAUUCUCCUGUCGUUUUGAGUUCUGAAGAAAAUCAUCAGGAAGUACUCUCAACUACUACGACAACAAGUAGUCCUUCUCCAACAAAUAACCAUGAAUUGAAUGACAUAGCCAUCAUCACCACCACCACAACAACAACCAAAGAUUUGAUUUCAUUCGAUGAGGUAGAUCAAAAUGUAACACAAGUGACCAAUGGAGAUUUCACAAAUACAAUCUCUACCAACAUGAUUGAGCAGCACGAUCUGGUCAGCAACAAUACUGACAGUCAUGGUAUCAAUAUGAGAGGCAAUGUGGUUCAGAGAGAUGAUUUUGAUCACUUACAUUCUAUCUCACUACAAUCAAGGCCAAAUGAUGCUAAAACCACAAAUCAUUCUGAAUGUGUCAUGAUAUCCACUUUUAAAGCUUCAUACAGUGAUGACAUGUUCGUUGGAGACAUUUCCAUCUACAAGGACAGUAUGGACAGUUUGGAUUUAGAUAUUGAAAAAUCUCCACUUGAAUUUAUCUUUAAAAGAACUCCUUAUACGAUCUUUUCCACGAGCUGUAAUGUGACUGAAGAAAAGGUGAUGAGUGCCAUUCGAGAGUUGAGUAUUGACUCGAUUGCAGUAAUUUCGUCAUUGCAUGAUAUAGAUCGAAGAGUUCAAGCUCAUCAUCAAAUUCCAAUUCUUUCAUUCAUGAAUGGACAGGUGAUGGUUGAUGGCAAAUCAGCCUCUUCCAUUGUCAACACACUUCGAAUGUGUGAAAAGUUAUUGAACCAAGAACCAUUUGCAGAUACACAAAUUAUUUUCAUAUUCACUCAUAAUGAUGUCUUUACUCGAAAGAUUGCACAAGAUCCAAAUCUUCUCAAACACAUUUUCCCAACUUAUCAACCAAGCAACAAGAAGUCACCCCAAAGGUACAUUGAGGAAGUAUUUGAAACAUUUAAUGACAAGUUUAAAAAGAGACGAAGAUUCCAUUUCUCAUUUGUGAACACAUUGGAUAAGGAUGAUGUGAAACGUUCAUUUAAAACCAUUCAUGAAAUUGUUCAUAGUGUGGAAUUGAAAAGACAAUUAGAAACAUACAAGAUGUUGUGA